AUGGAAAUUAUUCAGAGACUGCAAUACUUACCGACAACAUCAUCAGUGGUACCUGUAUCAUCAUCACAGAAAGUAUCUCUAGGAGUGACUAAUGCAGAAUCAGAUACAGUAGCAGAAAAUGCAGCAGAAGUACCUAAAGAAGCAAUACUAACAGAAGUAGAAUCAACAGCAGCGUCAGAAGAACCACAUUCAGUAGCAGCAGAAGUAACUCCUCCAGCAUUAGAACCAGCUCCUACAGCAGUAACACCAUCUCCCUCACCAGCAGUAGCAGCACAAACUACUUCACCAGCAAUAGCAGAAGAAACACCAUCAGCAACAGCAGAAGCAACUCCUCCAGCAGUAGAACCAGUUCCUAUAGCAGCAGCACCAUCUCCUACACCAGCAGUAGCAGAACCAACUCCCCAACUCCUUUACCACUCUGACCGACAUGAAAUUAUAAAACUACUUGAGACCAGCGACUUGAGUACCUUGUCAGACGAAGACGAGGAUACUGUUGAUGAACUUCCAACUCCACCUGAAUGUACUGGUGUGCUUGAAGCUGAAACAUGCAGUGUGGCUAUUACUCCUGAGGCACCUGCAUCUGACAAUGAUGCACACAAUCCUGAAACAUCAGCUUCAUUUUCUCACUGUCCUCCACUAAGAUGGAAACUAUCUAAGAUGUGUAAUCGACAGCCUUCUGGUGACAACUUUGAAGAACAGAUAGACGUGAACUGA